AAGGGGCUUUCUAUGGCUAUAGACUACAAGGACAAAUAGCACCCCCAAACCCCAGAGCUCAGUUAUGAAGCUGCUCAUGGGGAAAAGAUGGAAGGAGAGAUUUCGGUCUAAAGCAAGAUGAGCUGAGCUGAAGGUAUUGCUCCAUCUUUCCCACCAAACAGGCAAAAAAAAAUGUAAUCGGAGGAGCUGAAAAGCUGAGCAGCCUGCCAGCGCUGGCACCCUGCAUCCUGCACAGGCUCCCGCCGCCUCGGGCAUCUCUUCCUCUCCCCCUUUGCCUCCUGCAAGAUUAAGCCUUUCAUUUGCAAUCUCGACUCCUGACAACCCUUGUCAAUAAAUGAGGGAGCAUAAUGCUGAACAGCAUCACCGAUGGGCUCCUCUGCUGCCUGAUGGGCAAGACGACGAACGCCGUGGGGCCGCUGGACAGCGCUGACUCCAGCAACGGCUACAGCUUCAUGGAGGUGAAGCCGGGGAGGAUCCUGCGGGUCAGGCACAGCAUGCCCAACCGCCCGGCACCGGAGGGGCCCGAGGAGACCCAGCUCGGGGGGCCGGAGCGCGGCACGGUGCACUGCAAGCGCAAGAUCACCGUCUACCGCAACGGACAGCUGGUGAUCGAGAACCUGGGGGAUGCCGUCCGCUCCGACAUCCUGCAUUGCCAGAACAGCUCGGGGGAACCCAACAGCACCGUGGAGCUGGAGCUCUCCGACCUGGCUGGCCAAACUCCCGCCCAGGGUCCCGCCGGCACGCCGGGAUGCGGCACGCCGGGAUGCGGCACGCGGGAGGCGGCCGCUGCCCCCGGCAAGCGUCGGAAGCGUAAACCCAAGAAAGUCGUCAACAUCGACUGCAAGAAGCAGAUCACGAGCUGCAAAGGGACACACAGCGACGUGGUCCUCUUCUUCAUCCACGGCGUGGGCGGCUCGCUGGACAUCUGGAAGGAGCAGCUGGACUUCUUUACCAAGCUGGGCUACGAAGUGGUGGCUCCCGACCUGGCCGGCCACGGCUGCAGCUCGGCUCCCCAAAUCGCUGCUGCGUACACCUUCUAUGCGCUGGCGGAGGACAUGAGGGCCGUCUUCAAGCGCUACGCGAAGAAGAGGAAUAUCUUAAUAGGACACUCGUACGGGGUGUCCUUCUGCACCUUCCUCGCCCACGAGUACCCAGACCUGGUCCAUAAAGUGAUCAUGAUCAAUGGAGGGGGCCCGACAGCGCUGGAGCCCAGCCUCUGCUCCAUCUUCAACAUGCCCACCUGCGUGCUGCACUGCCUCUCCCCGUGCCUGGCAUGGAGCUUCCUCAAGGCUGGCUUCGCUCGCCAGGGUGCCAAAGAAAAGCAGCUGCUGAAGGAAGGCAAUGCCUUCAACGUGUCCUCCUUCGUGCUGCGCGCCAUGAUGAGCGGGCAGUACUGGCCGGAGGGUGACGAGGUUUACCACGCGGAGCUGGCCGUGCCCGUGCUCCUGGUGCACGGCAUGCACGACAAGUUCGUCCCGGUGGAGGAGGAUCAGCGAAUGGCCGAGAUCCUGCUGAUCGCCUUCCUGAAGGUGAUCGACGAGGGCAGCCACAUGGUGAUGAUGGAGUGUCCCGAGACGGUGAACACGCUGCUCCACGAGUUCGUCCUGUGGGAGCCCGAGACGCCAGCUGGGGACGGGCAAGGGGAGAAGAAAUAAGGCGGCAGGACGCGGUGACCGGGCUGCUCCGAUGGGAGAGAUGUUUUGGAGCGGAGAGGGGUUUGCGAGAGCGGAGGGGUGCGAUGAAGGCUGCCCUCGCCAGGAGCUCAGCCCAUUUUCUUUCCCGGCCGCAUCGGAGGCUGGUGGCGGAGCACGGAGGCUCCCCCGGGCAGGGGCGCGCGGGGCCGGCAGUGGGAACGUGGCAGAGCCAGUCCCCGUCCCCUCGGGGAUGGCAUGGCAGUCGUUGGAGCGUCUUCAUCCUGUUUCUUUGUAGUAUUGUUUUCUUCACACAGUGACCUCCCCGGGGACAGAAAGGAGGCGGCUGCGGGGGGACUGGUCCCACCUGCAGCAAAACGGGAAGAACUCGGAGGGGUUCCACAGGGAGAGCGCGUCGGCUCCGGCACCUUCCCGGCCAGGGCUGGAGGAGCUGAGCUGGGAUUGCUUUAAGGUGAAGCCAAAGGCUCCUCGGCCUCAGCAGCAGGAUUUGCCUCUCUGAGCCUCGCAGCGCCUCGCUCGCGGGGUCGGGAGCACAGGACCCCCGUUAUUGCCAGCAGCCGUGCACGCGGCGUCCGGCAGCUCCUGCCUGGCACUGACGAGGGUCUGCCUGCGCGGCUCAUCUCUGCCUGCACGGCUCGUCUCUGCCUGCACGGCUCGUCUCUGCCCGGCCAGGAGAUGAGGAUGAGGAUGAGGAGGUGGCCUGCUCCCGUGGGCACGGCCAGAAGGACCGUCAGCUCCCCCUCCCUGGUGGGACUGGCACGGCUACUGUGGGGAGGACAAUGCCAAACCUGAGCUCUCCUGCGGUCCCCGGUGCCACCGUCUGUGCAGUCACGUCCCCAACCACCAUCACUUUAGGUACCGCAGCACUGGCUUCUGCAGAGCCCUCUGCUUCCCUCCCGCUGCCGCAGCCUCCAGAUGCUCGGAGCCAUCGCCACCACGCAGCGACUCCCGCAGCGUCCAACCCGCUCGCCCUUCCUGGCUUCCAGCUCCUCCACGACUCCUGGACCCACCACCUGCUCCCGCACCACAUCCCCGCCAGGAUCGCACCCGUCCCUCGUGCACCGGGGGACCAGCAAUACGCCAUCCCAUCGCCACCGUGUCCAUCCUUGCCGACAGCUCCUGUACGGAUCCGCGGGGUCUCAGAGCAACGUGGGAGCGACGAAGCAAACCACGACCACGCGAUCACAACGGACAACGGCUCGUUACCUGCCAACGCCGUUCGGUACGUAACCCACCAGUCCCAUCACCUCCUCCCCUCUCCCUUCGCAUCCCGCUGCCAGGAGCCAGGCAGGACCAAGAAGAUACACGAGAAGCGUCAAACGGGGACCCGGGUGCCAUCGCGAGGUCUGGGGGCUCCCGGCCGCACCGGGAUGGGUGGGAGCCCGAGCGAACCGGGAGGACGCUGCGCUCAUCACGGCUGCUCUCCAGCCCUGUACCCGCACGUUGGGGAUGGCCCCAGCCCCCCGCAACCCCAAAGAGCGGAGCUGCUCCCUGCUUUGCUUCCCUCUUCUUUCCCCCCAUCUAAACCAAAGAAACAACCAGUCCCACGGAAACCUCACCCUUGGCCCAUGUCCCACCGAACCCCCCCCUUUGCCCCCACCGGGGCUGGCGCCGCACCGAGGCACCCCAGUUUGGCCGGAGGGGCUCCUGGCCGGGCAGGGCUGCUCCUACCGGAGCUGGCACCCCCCUGCAACACGCCUUCCCCAAAGCUGAGCCCGUCUUUCUCCCCAAACCAAGCGAUGCAGAGGAGGAAGGGCCCUUUGGAGCUGGCCCUGGGGUGACCACGGGGACCCCACGCGAUGAGUGUCCCCAAGUGGGUCCCCUCCACCCCAGCACCCCUCUGCCCGCGCCUGCCCCUGCCCACUGCUGCCGCGACCUGUCUCAUAAUGAGAAUUUUAACGACCCCGGACUCGACUGGUUUCCACGAGCCUUCCCUCGCAACACCCCUCCCACCCCAUCCUGGUCAGAGGACACCCUGCAGCACGGCCGGGGUCUGCGACGAGGGGACCCAGAAAUACAGCUGUACCCCAAAACGCGGCUCUGCCCUGCCACAACACCCCCCCACCCACCCCACCCCCCGCAGCCAGCUCCAGGCGACUGUCGGUGCCCGGCUGCGGGCCACGGCUCUUCAACCUCUGUUUGCCACGGAGUCUGUGCCGCUUGUAUCCACAUCGCUUGUGCUAAGGCCAAGGCAAACCGCGCACCGUAACCCCGCCGCUGAGCCGCGCGCCGCGUUAGUGCCAUUUCACACAGUAAAGCCGUGUUAUAUU